ACCUCAACAAAUUCUGUUGGCGGAGGUGUAGGGAAGACACGGCGCGACUCGAGGUGUUCUAUAUCGAGCACAUGAGGAAGACGCCCCCGAACCCGGAACUGCGAUUGGCCACAGGCACAACCGCGGCCCCGCCCACUCACUGAGGGAAGUAAAUAAGUUCCUGCAAGAAUUUUUGCAGUAGCUCCGCCUCAUCCACUGCGCGAGGGGAGGUGUGGCUAGCACCGGGGGGCGGGCCUAUGGAAAGAUUGCCCUUAUGGGGGCGGGGAGACGAACCCGGCUCCUGGGUUUGAGGGUAGAGUUUCUCUUUGGGGGCGUGGCUUACGGAUCCAAGCUUUCCCGCCGACGGUUGGCCACGUCACGUGACAUGGGUUGGAAGAUGGCGUCUCCCACGGACGGGGCAGAUCUAGAAGCAUCUUUGCUAAGUUUUGAAAAACUUGACCGGGCUUCACCAGACCUUUGGCCAGAACAGUUACCAGGUGUUGCUGAAUUUGCAGCUUCCUUCAAAAGUCCUAUUACUAGCUCUCCACCCAAAUGGAUGGCUGAAAUAGAACGUGAUGACAUCGACAUGUUGAAAGAACUGGGGAGCCUCACCACAGCUAACUUGAUGGAGAAGGUACGAGGCCUUCAGAACCUGGCCUAUCAGUUGGGGCUGGAUGAGUGGGACUCGAGUUCGAUCCCUAAUUGGGGAACUAAGAUCCUGCAUGCCGUGGAGCAACUAAGCCCAUGCACCACAACUGAAGAUCCCUCAUGCUGCAAUGAAGAUUGAAGAUCCCGCUUGCCGCAACUUAAGACCUGAUGCAACCAAAUAAAUAAAUAAUGUUUUUUUUUUAAAUUCAUAAUCAAGUGAAAACAGUAAUUGAACAUAUGUACUACUACAUGAUUUUAAAGGAAAAAGAUUUUUAAAUUAAGCCUUGCUGGAUGAAUAUUAUAAGUGAAAUUUGCUUGGUUAUGUCCAGUUCUUUGCGACCCCAUGGAAUUCUCAAGACCAGAACACUGGAGUGGGUAGCCUUUCCCUUCUCCAGGGGAUCUUCUAAACCCAAGGAUCGAACCCAGGUCUCCUGCAUUGCAGGUAGAUUCUUUACCAGCUGAGCCACAAGGGAAGCCUGAGAAUACUGUAGUGGGUAGCCUAUCUCUUCUCCAGUGGAUCUUCCUGACCCAGGAGUUGAACUAGGGUCUCCUGCAUUGCAGGUGAAUUCUUUACCAACUGGGCUAUCAGGGAAACAAAUACUAUAUAUUGUGUAUUUUUUUCCCCAAGUCAUUUAGGGAAAAUAUCUUUAAAAGUCUUUUCCAUUGAUGAAUUUAUUGUCUGGUCAAGUUGAGAACAUGAACCAUAGAGAUGUGAAACUACAUUGCAAACAAUUAAAACCAAAUUAUCAGAACAAGUAGUUUGUUUAAAGUGGAUAAAUCAUCAUCUAUGAAGUAAGAGUGAUCCAGUUAAAGUAGGAAUAGGGAGGUCAUCAUUUAUAUUCACAGUUGUUGAUGGUGUGAGGGCAGACUAGCUGAAAUUUAGCUGUACUAGUGAAUCGGCUUCCCUGGUGGCUCAGACAGUAAAGAAUCUGCCUGCAGUGCAUGAGACCUGGGUUCAAUCCCUGGGUUGGGAAGAUCCCCUGGAAAAGGAAAUGGCAACCCACUCCAGUAUUCUUGCCUAGAGAAUUCCAUGGACAGAGGAGCCUGAUGGUCUGUGUAGUCCAUGGGGUCACAAAGACUCAGAUAUGAUUUAGCGACUGGCAAACACUCUAAUGAAUGUUUUUAGAUUAAGCUCUUCAUUUUUGUAACUUGUUAGCUAUUGGACUGGUCUAGACCUUAAAGUUACUCUUACUACUGACACUGAAGCUUUAUUUUUAUUUUGUUGAAGUGUAGUUGAUUUGCAAUACUGGGUUAAUUUCUGCUGUAGUGACCCUAAAGCUUUUUCAAUUCAAAAAAUUUCAAUUCAAAAUUCAGUAAAUGAGUAACCAAGGACUUAUUCUUUCCACCUCCCAAAGAAUUUUGUAGGAGCAAAAUGUUGAGCAAGAGAACUUCACUUGUAGCUAUUUUAUGAAUAAAUUGAAAAUUGUGCUUAGAUUUGUCAGUGUGGUUCCUUAAAUAAUUAAGAAAGGUUGGAAGGCAGCAGGUUUAACCUGCUUAACCUGAGUUAGAUUUGGUGGACUUUAAAAAAUAUGUUAUCUGCUUUUGAUCGUUUGGUCAUGUGUAAUUUGUUCCUCAUCCAAGGAAUUUAACGAUAGAAAUAAACAUUCAUGACAUAAAAACUCACCCCCUUUCUCAAGCUUUUUCUGUCCAUUUCUAAGCCCUCUGCAUAAUUAAUUGUCCUCAUUUCUGUUCCCUGGCCUACUCUUCAUUGUAUUAUGAUAUGCAGUGAUAAUGAGAAAAAGCUAUAUUUCCAGAAAAGCAGUUGGUGAAGUUUGCUUUUUAUUAUGAAGAUUUUACAAACGUUACUAAAGUAAUGAGAAUGCUAUAAUGAAUUCCACAUACCCAUCCCCAACUUCAGUCAGCUUUCUGUUAUUCUUGUUUUAUCCCCGCCCACUUAUAUCACACUUUUGUUGUUGGUUGUGUUGUUGGCUGGAGUAUUUUAAAGCAAAUCUUAGUGCUGUGUCAUUCAUAAGUACUGUAGUAUGUAUCUCUAACCAAGAAGCCCUUUAAAAAACACACAAUUAUUACACUAAACAAAAUAAAAUAAUAAUUCCUUAAUAAUAUAAUCCUUGUCCAAUUUGGCUAAAAACUGUUUUUCACAGUUGGUUUGUGUGAGUUGGUAUCUGGAGGUCUGCACAUUUGCAUUUGGUUGACAUCAGACUUCAGCCUCUUAAGCUUCUCUGUAAAUAGGCACGCUCUGUUCUUCUAGGGCUCCCCCACCCCCACCAGUGCUAUUUAAUUGUUGAAGAAACUAGUUUGUUUGUCUCGGAAGAUCUCCUGCAUUUUAAAUUUGGAUGAU